AUCGCAAAACUCCCCGUAGAGAUACGCCUGGCGCUCGAGAGUCUUCGAACCCGAACAAACGACUGAUCUUCUGCACACAUCAUUCAAAUUUGCAGCAUAACUACCUACAUCAUGGCGUACGAGUUUCGACCAGCCACAUUGGCCGAUGCCGCCGGCAUUGCACGGCAGGGCGUCUUCGUCUUUGAGAAAACAUUUGGGCACGCGGUCCUUUCUCAUGAUUUGGAGGAAUAUCUUGGCUCGACCCACACGCCGUCUGCUAUUUCUGCAGAGAUCGAAAACAGCGAGAGAAAUAUAUUCGUGGUGGUCGACUAAGAGAGCAACAUCCGCGGUUUCUCGAGGCGCUUCAGACGACAAAACCCUGCGUCGAAGCAAUCGAAGGCACAGUGGAACUCCAGCGGAUUUAUGUGGACACAAACAUUCAUAGACGCGGUGUUGGUUGAGGACUCCUCCGGUGUAUCGAGAAGGCGGCCGUGGGAUAUGGUUAUUGAAGCAUAUGGCUGAGCGCUUACUCGAAGAACAAGCCUACUCGGAAUGCCUAUGAGAGGGGGGGGUUCAAUAAGUCGGCGACGACUACUUUAUUAUGGGAAAAACGGUCCACUAGGAUAUCAUCAUGCUGAAGCCACUCGAGGCGUAGGCACCACUAAGGCCAGUGGACGGGGGGUCACAAACAUAAGGGUCUUGAACAAUUCUCGGUCGCCAUUGAUUCAGCAGCAGAAAUAUACAGCGAUACAAGCGUUAUGGUUUC